AUGGCUAAACAUGUGACGAAUUUUCGCGGUGAAGUCUAUUUCACACCAAACGGAAACCCGCGUAUAAAAGACGAGCCUAUUACUCCUAUAGAAGAGGAUUUUGGUGAUCAUAAUCAUCUUGACCGUUCUUUUGACGAUUAUGCUGGAAUGAGAAAAUCCAUGUCCAUGAAUGACAUAGCUAAGCUCCGAGAAGACCUUGUGAAGCUAGAAUUCUGUGACAAAGAAGAUGUUUACAAUAGAUACCGGAAACAGUCCAGUGCCCCUCAAGAGCUAUCAAGAACAAAGUUUGUCUCCAUGGCUGAGGCUAUUUAUCACUAUCAAAGGGAUACUCCUGGUCGUUUUCAUUCGAAGCGACCGCAAACAUUCCGAUCACAAGGCGCAACUGGUCCAUCCGGUCUCACUGUCCCUCAAUCGCCAAUGCUUCGUUGUAAAGCACGUUCCCGACCUGUACAUAUUUUAUCACAAAAGGAGAGAGAGGAAUUGGAAAUUGAAGAAAUCAAGAAAUUCAAAAUCAAAGCACAUCCAAUACCAAAAUCAGUAAUAGAAGGUCCUAAACAUCUUCCUGAAGUGCAAAGAAAGCCUAUUACUGUGCCUGAACCUUUUAAAUUGACUAAAAUUCCAAAGAAAACAAAACAAUCUUCGGAAAAUAUUCACAAUUUCAAAGCGCGCCCUGCUCCUAAACACAUUCUUGAGAAACCUCAAAUACCUGUUAAACCUCCUGUACAAAAAACAAUACCAGUUAGCCCUAAAUUUCACUAUAAAAGAGCAAAUUCUGCAGAUCAUAUUAAAUAUGAAUCCAAAAUACAACCAAGUCAAAAACAUGAAGAUAAACCUCACAUCAGGAUGGGUCCAGUAAAACCUGAGCCGUUCUCAUUUGCAAAGAGGGAUGAGGAGCUGAAACGUCGCAGAGAAGAAAGAAUCCGACAACAAAUUGAAGAAGAACGUAAACAGGCCUAUUUGUUUAAAGCACAACCUGUGCCAGGGGCUGUCAAGAAACACAUGCAUUGUACUGCUGCUAAAGAAGGUUCUUCAACAACAUCAUCUGAAAAUAAAGAAAAUAUUAAAUUUGAGGCUCGACCAGCAACAGUGCUUUACAAAGAACCAUUUAAGCCUGUGAAUAAACCAGUACAAUUUGUGAAACCCGUUCCCUUUGAGUUGACAACUGAGAAGCGAGCUGCUGAAAGAGAAAAAUUUGAAAAACAAUUGAAAGAAAAAGAAGAAAAGCAAGAGAGACUAAAGCAUCAAAGAGAGAAAGAACUUUUAGAAGCUGAAGAGAAGGCCAUCAGUGAACUAAGAUCUAAACUUGUACAUCAUGCAAAGCCUGCCCCAGCUCCUGUGCCAUUCCAGUUAGAAAAGUCUGUUGCACCACUUACAGUUCCUGAAACUCCAAAGUUUAAACGUCCGCCCGGUAAGACGGCGGAAGAGUUACAAGAGGAAGAAGAGCUGCAGUUGGCAUUGGCGCUUAGCCAGUCUGAAGCUGAACAGAAGGAAAAAGAGCGCAAAUCACGAUCACACAUUGCCCCAGAUCCUACUCCACAUCAUCCGACUGUAUCACCGACACCGUCAUCAGUAAGUGCAUCUCCUGAGCACACUACACAAACAACCUCCGAACUCUCACGGUAUUUGGACCGUAGCUAUUGGGAGCAAAGACUUUCCCGAGAUACUGCUUUGGCACCCACUGCGCCCGCUCCUACUACACAUACAUCUGAAAUUGUUGAGGAUUUCCCAAAAGCUUCAACUAACAAGCAGCAGGAUGAUGAUGCUGAAGACAAAGAAAUUGAUGAGUUUGUUGAGUCAUUGAAAUCUCAAGUAGAAAUAUUUGUAAAUAGAAUGAAAAGCAACUCUUCAAGAGGACGUUCCAUUGCUAAUGACACAGCUGUUCAGACACUAUUUAUGAACAUAACGGCAAUGCAUUCUCGUCUACUACGAUACAUCCAGCAACAAGACGACAAACGUGUUUAUUUGGAGAGUUUACAGGACAAAGUAACUCAAAUUCGUGACAGUCGCGCUGCGCUUGACACAUUGCGAGCUGAACACGCAGCCCGGUUGGCCGCCCAGGCUGAGGCAGCCGAGCGUCAGAGGCAAAUGCAAAUGGCUGCUAAACUGCAGGCAAUGCGGAAGAAAAAGCAUGAAUACUUGCAAUAUCAGAGACAACUAGCUUUGCAAAGAGUUCAGGAACAAGAAAGAGAAAUGCAGAUGAGACAAGAACAGCAAAAACAUCAAUAUCUAAUGUCUGCCAACAGUUAUUACAUACCAGGUGUUUCUAUGCAACAGUACCCAAGUGGUUACCCAAAUCAACCAAUUUAUGGCAAUCCUCAGUUUCACCCACAGAUGAUGGCACAGGCUACCACAGAAAGCAGUGUCCCUAUUCCUGGACAACCCCAAAUGUCAACUGCUAACAUGCCAAUGAACAUGAACACUCAGUUGGGAAAUAUACAAUCCAUGCCACAAAUGAGUAACACAUAUGGAAUUACUACUACUGCAGCUAAUGCCAUGAACCCUAGUGCCGUCAGUUCUCCAUCCAUGAAUCAGUCAAACUUACGGCCAGCACUUGGACAGCAACUGCCAUUACAACAACAGAUGCUCUUGCAGCAGAUGCACCAAAUGCGCAUGCCGGUACAACCAGGUAUGCAUCAAAUAUUGUCCCAAGGCAUUGCCAAUGGACUUCCCGGACAACCUCUUCCUCAAACAAAUGGACAAAAUGUCUCUCUUCCGAAACAAAACUUACCAAAUCAGCCUCAACAGCCACCAAAUUCUAUGAUGCCUCAAAUGUCUGUGAACCAAAACAUGGGCCAAACAAUGAUGAAUCCUAACAAUCCCAUGAUGGGAUUACAAAUGCAGAACAUGAGAAUGCCUAUUGUUCAAGGCAAUCAACCAAACGCCAGUAACCAACAAGUCCCUGUGUCUCAAUUUCAAAACAUGAAUAUUCAAAACCAACCAAAUAAUCAACAGCCAGUAUCUCAAGGUCAAACUAUGCAACCACAUUCACAAAUGAACAUGGCUGGUCAAGCUUUGUCUUUACAAUCACAACAACUAAUGCAAGGUCAAACGUUCCCUGGUCAACCUCAAAGCAUGCAGAUAAAUAAUAACAUGCUGCCUGCAAACCAAAAUAUUCCACCUCAGGGACAACAGGUGCCACAAACUCAAGGUCAACAGAUGUCGCAACAAAUGCAACAUUUACAAAUGCAACACAACCAGCAGGUUAUGCAACAACCUGGCCAGCAAAUUAUGAUGCCGCCGGGCCAUCAAAUUCCUAAUCAGGCACAAAACAUUCAGCAACAAGGCCAGAUGAUAAAUCAGGGCCAGACACCGCAAGGUCAAUUACCACAACAGGGACAGCAAAUGCCGCAACAGAUGGGCCAAGGCCAACAGUUGCUUCAAGGACAGCAAAUACCCCAAGGUCAACAAAUGGCUCAGUUACCACCAGGCCAACAAUUACCGCAAGGCCAGCAAAUGCCCCAAGGUCCUCAAGUAUCUCAGGGCCAGCAAAUGCCUCAAGGCCAUCUGCCUGGACCACAAACACAUCAAAUUCAAAUGGUUCAUCAGGUUCAAAUGGGACCAAUGGCCCCCCAAUUACCGCCGGGACAAACUUUGCAAGGUCAGAGUCCGCAACAAAUAACAGGACAACAGAUGCAGGAGCAGCAGCCACAAAGUGUGCCAGGACAAAUAAAAGUGCAACAGCCGAUCCUAAAUAAUAUGGCUCAUGGACAACCUCAGACUAAUAACCAGCAGGCACAAACACCAGUCAAAUCCGAACAUAAUAAUAACACAGCAGAGUUAAUAAGUUUCGACUGA